CGCAGCGCCGCGGCGCGGGACUCGGCUAUAAAAUUGCAAGCUGCCGCUCGGGCUAGCUAUAACGACGAGAUGGACACCCUUCCAGUGCUAUCGCAGUGUAAGUCGGCCUUUCAAGCAGUAUGUGGAGACCUAAAAGGGGCUAGGAAAACUCAAGAAAGAUUCUUAAAAACCUGCCCAGUCGUUUCGCAGGGAACGUCCGCAGUUCAGGCGCUGAUCGGUGACACUGAAGGCGCCAGGGAGACGCAACUUGAGUUUGUCGGAUUUGUAAAUGACACUGCUGACUCGAUCCCAGUUGUCGGCCAUGUCAAAGGUGGAAUCCAUUACGUCUGCGGGGAUACGGAGGGAGGAGACAAGGCUAUGAAAAGCUCGUCGAGAACUACCGGCGUCAUUGGAGGAGGUGUGGUAGGGUUCGUUGUCGGCGGUCCUCCCGGAGCCGCCGUUGGCGGAGCUGCCGGAGGCUUGCUCGUGGAUGGCCUAACCACGGGUAUCGACUCUGCCGUUCACGAGGAGUUUCGCCCAGCAGGCACGGUGGCCGCUAUCGAUACCUUAGUUGAAGGCAAGUCACAAUCUGUUUCGGGAGACAUCUUUGAUGUCGUGGUGGGGACUGUAAUGGAUGGAAUGACUGGGAUUGCUGCAGGCGAGCAAGUCGGGAGAAUGUCAAAGGUUAAAGUAAAGGGAGAAGCAAACAAUGUUCCUGCCAAUAAGCAAGUACAUGUAGACGGAGCAAUGGACAAAGUGAAACAUCUUACAGGCGAUGAAGUAAGAAAUUUAAAGAAGGAUGCACACACCCAUGCGCAAGCAAAGCAGAAAGUCACUGGAGGAUCCUCGAAACUGACCAAGGCUCAAAAGAAGCAAGUAAGGCAGUUGAAUCGCAACCGUACAAAGCUAACAGAUCACAACAUUCACGGGCUAAUAGAGGAUCGCCAAGGACAGAUUGCAGUCGAUUUGAAACCAGAAAGCAACACUGGAAGGUGUGCUGAAAGAAUUAUAAUGGAGGAUCCGAAACGAAACUAUACACUGAAUGUGGUCGAGUAUCUUGAUGAUCAUAAGUAUGGGGUAGUCGACCCAGGGCCUGGGCCUUCCUGUGUCCAACGAGCAGCUAACUUUGUUGCAGACCAUCAAGCAGUUUAUGGUGCAGCUGCAGGAGUCUAUCCUGCUGCGGCAGGACCUAAAGGAGUCGCCAAGUUUGAUAUCUUGGUCAUUGGAGCUAGUGCUGGUGGAAUUGCCUGUGCAAACAGAGCUGCUGAACUUGGGAAGAGAGUGGCUAUAGUGGGAACUGGAGACAAGGAGAGCGAUGUGCACAGUGAUGUGCACUACUACCAUGGGGAGACCAUGUUUGUCGGACCAAGAAGGCUGUCUGUUGGCUCCCACCUCCUGGAGGCUGAGCUCAUCCUGCUGGCCUGUGACACUAAGCCUGAUGACAUUGGCUUGAAAUGGACGGGUGUGGAGUGUGACAGUGAUGGCUAUGUUAAUGUCAACUCUGACUACAAGACCAGCAUGCCCCAUGUGUAUGCUCUGGGAGGAGUCACAGGCAAGACAAUGACUCCAGAAGAUACUGUUAUUGCUGGGGUGAAGCUGGCUGAGAGACUUUUCAAAGAAUAGACUGUACAGGUUUUAGCAAAGACUUUGAUGCAUGCUUAUGCCUACAACUUAUGUUUAAUUAUACUGGACUAUUAGUUUGUGAAAUAAGUCACUUAUCAUAGCAUAAGUACAUCCUUUAUGUAUCGAACAUAAGCCUUAGCAUAAAACAUAGUUGAAAAUGCAAAUCUAAAGUGUCUAAAGGGACCACCGCGAUCAUUCACCGAAAGAGUUUCAGUUAUUAGUGACAUGAGAGGAAGGUUGUAUAUUAUAUAAGUUAGAGUAACUAUUAGAGGCGAGCAUGAGUAUGUCGAGUUCCUCGGCUCCACAUCUAACCUAUAUGUAGAUGAUGUAUGUGAUCUUGUCAUUUUCAUGUGAAAUAUUUACUCCAAAAACAAGGUUUACUACGGAGCAUCUCAGGUAUAUAUACUACGGAGCGUCUCAGGUAUAUAUACUACGGAGCGUCUCAGGUAUAUAUACUACGGAGCGUCUCAGGUAUAUAUACUACGGAGCGUCUCAGGUAUAUAUACUACGGAGCGUCUCAGGUAUAUAUACUACGGAGCGUCUCAAAAAUCACGGCUGUUUCAAACCGAUGGCAUUCUGUUACUGGGUGCAUACCAUCGUACUUGUUUGUUGUUAACUGUUCUGUCGUAGGCCCACGCACAAAUCAUUUUACUAACCUAGAGUGACAUUGUGUGGAUAUUCCUCUAGCAUCACAUCCAUAGACUCCUUGUUUGCCAAGUUCUUCCAAUAGCUGUGUGCUAAAAAGGUCUCAUACUGUCCGUGAAAGGGUUUAGCAACUUUUUUCUUAGGCAUGUCUGAUGAAAGGGGCAGAGUGCCUUAAGCUGUGCAGGACUC